AUGUCAUUAGACUUUGGCAGUGUGGCUCUGCAGACUCAGAAUGAAGAUGAAGAAUAUGAUAAAGAAGACUAUGAAAGAGAGAAAGAGCUACAGCAGUUACUCACAGACCUUCCUCACGACAUGCUGGACGAUGACCUCUCCUCCCCCGAGCUCCACUCUUCUGCCUGCAGCGAGGAUAGCACAACGGGAGCAGCACAUCGUUCUCAGGGAUUGGAGAUGAACUGGAAUGAGCGUCAAGUGCUGCCUAAAUCUCAGAGUGACUUUCACGAAAUUCGGGAUUUAUGUGUUGGAGAGAACUGUGGCAAUGGUUGGGAAGAGAAUCCAAGUCAAAAUGAAGGCCAACAUCUUAGGUACCCUCCUGAAGAACUUGGAGAUGAAGGUGGAAGUGGUUAUAGUCCUCCAAGUAAAUAUGAACAAACUGAUUUAUAUCACCUUCCUGAAAACUUUAGGCCCUAUACUAAUGGUCAGAAGCAGGAAUUUAAUAACCAGCCAACCAGUGUAAUGAAUUUUUCAGAUCCUCAAAGGAACCAUUUGCAGAGUCCCAGUUGUCAAGCUUUGGAGCCUUAUAAAGUGACAUACAAACCCUAUCAAUCCUCUUCCCAGAAUGAUGGCUCACCAACCCAGGAGCUAAUAGGAAGUGACUCGUUUGAAGGGCUGCAGCAGCAGUUUUUAGGAGCUAAUGAAAAUUCUGCAGACAGUAUGCAGAUCAUUCAACUUCAGGUUCUUAACAAAGCAAAAGAAAGACAACUAGACAAUUUAGUUGAAAAGUUAAAUGAAAGUGAACGUCAAAUUAGAUACCUGAAUCACCAGCUUCUGAUAAUUAAAGAUGAAAAGGAUGGUUUGACCCUCAGUCUUCGAGAGUCACAGAAACUCUUUCAAAAUGGAAAAGAAAGGGAGAUAGAGCUUGAAGCACAAAUAAAAGCACUGGAAACCCAAAUACAGGCAUUAAAAGUCAAAGAGGAACAGAUGAUGAAGAAAUCCAGAACAACGGAAAUGGCUCUGGAAAGCCUGAAGCAGCAACUGCUGGACCUUCAUCAUUCUGAGUCACUUCAUCGAGCUAGAGAGCAGCAUGAGAGCAUCGUUAUGGGGCUCACAAAGAAGUAUGAAGAACAAGUGUUGUCCUUACAGAAGAAGUUGGAUGCUACCGUCACCACUCUUCAGGAACAGGAAGACACUUGCUCUCGUUUAAAGGAUCACAUCAAACAGCUGGAAAGGAAUCUAGAAGCAACCAAAUUAGAAAAGACUGAGAUCAUUAACAGGCUGACAAGAAGCCUCGAGGAGAGUCAAAAGCAGUGUGCCAGCUUGUUGCAGGCAGGCUCAGUACAGGAGGUGGCACACCUACGGCUACAGCUGCAGCAAGCACAAAAGGCAUAUAUUAUGAGCGAAAACAUGAACAAGGCUUUUCAGGAGGAAUUAACAGAACUAAAAAAUGAAAUUGCUCUCUAUGAAUCUGCUGCCAAGCUAGGAAUACUGCCGACUGACUCAGGAGAAUCAAAUGUAGAACUCACUGAAUCAUAUGUGAAUUUGGGUAUUAAAAGAGUCGACUGGAAAAAAUCCAAAAUGAACAGCGUCGUGCAGCAAGAAGACUCCAAUGAAGAGCUUUCCAAAGAAGAGGUCAUUCUGAAGCUGAAAGCAGAAGUACAACGUUUGCUGGGUAGCAACUCGGUGAAGCGCCAUCUGGUUUCCCAGUUGCAGAAUGAACUCAAAGACUGUCAUAAAAAAAUUGAGGAUCUCCAACAAGUAGAGAAGGAUGAGAAAAGCAUCAAGACUGAGAUUACAACAAGUAGCUCAGAAAAACCAUCUAAUCAAUUAUGGCCUGACUCUUCCACUUCUGACAUGAUGGGCAAAGAUGAUAUUUUGCAGCUUAAGAAGGAAAUUCAGGUCUUACAACAACAAAAUCAGGAACUUAAAGAAACUGAUGAAAAACUGAGAAAUACAAAUCAAGACUUAUGUAAUCAAAUGAGGCAAAUGGUACAAGAUUUUGACCGUGAUAAACAAGAAGCUGUGGAUAGGUGUGAGAGGACUUAUCAGCAGCAUCAUGAAGCUAUGAAAACCCAAAUACGGGAGAGCCUAUUAGCAAAGCAUGCCUUGGAGAAGCAGCAGCUCUUUGAGGUUUAUGAGGGGACUCGUUUGCAACUUAGGUCUGACUUAGACAAAAUGAAUAAAGAGAUGGCUGCUGUGCAGGAAUGUUACCUGGCAGUGUGCAGAGAGAAAGAUAAUCUUGAACUGAAUCUCAGGAAGACCAUUGAGAAGAAGGAGCAGCAGUCUCAGGAGGCGAAGAUUGAACAAGAACUCACUCAACGGCUUGAAACAGAGUGGCAGUCUAAGUUGGAUCAAACCCUAAAGGAAAUGAAAAGGAAGACCUCAGAUUGUGGUAGCCAAACUGACCCAAUGACCACCACUGAUGUUCUUCCCGAGAACGUGAAGGCAGCGGCCGGAGAGGAUCAGCAGCAGAAGACGCAGCAAGAUUCAGAACAGGAGAAGGAAAAAGCUCUCAAGGAGGGCCUGAAAAAACUUGAGAUUGAAUUGGAACUCAAAUAUUGUGAAAAAAUUUCCAAACAGGUAGAAAUAGCUGUGCAGAAUGCCCGUCUUCGCUGGCUGGAAGAACUGCCUGAGCUUGCAGAAUAUAAAGCACACGUAAGAGCAGAACAGAAGAAGUGGGAAGAACACCAAGAGAUCUCUGUGGCCAAACGGAUAUUGUUUGCUGUUUCUGAAGCUAAAGAAAAAUGGAAAAGUGAACUUGAAGAUUUGAAGAAAAAUGUAAUACCUGGGAAGGAAUUGGAAGAGAAGAUCCAUUCUCUGCAGAGGGAACUUGAAUUAAAGGAUGAGGAAGUCCCUGUGGUUGUCAGGGCUGAGUUGGCUAAGGCUCGGAGUGAAUGGAACAAAGAAAAGCAAGAAGAAAUCCACAGAAUUCAAGAACAAAAUGAGCAAGAUUACCGGCAAUUUUUAGAUGAUCAUCGAAGUAAAAUUAAUGAGGUGCUUGCGGCAGCUAAAGAAGACUUUAUGAAACAGAAAACUGAACUUCUUCUUCAGAAGGAGACAGAACUACAAACAUGUCUAGACCAGAGUCGUAGAGAAUGGACUAUGCAGGAAGGCAGACGGAUCCAAGUGGAGAUUUAUCAAUACGAAGAAGACAUCUUAAUUAUACUUGAAUUUCUCUUAAGGGAUGCCCAAAAGGAACAUAUUGGUGGUUCAGAGAAGAAGCAACUUUUGGAAAUCAUGUCGACUUGUUCUUCAAAAUGGGUGUCUGUGCAAUAUUUUGAAAAACUGAAGGUCUGCAUACAGAAAGCAUUUCGAGAUACAUGCUUCCCACUUAAAGAAAAUGCUGGCCCACACUGGGAAAAGAAAAAUCUGACUAAGAUCUCUAAGGAUCCAGCUAGCGAGUACACCGGCAUAAGAGCCCUUGCAGUCUCAGAAGCCCUUCCUCCACCCACUUCUGGACACGAUGCUCAGCGCUUGGCCUUGCAAAAAACAGAAGCAGAAGCUGAUAAGGAAAAGAUCCUUGAAACUAAAGAUUCAUGCUGUGGACACUGCUUCCAAGAACUUGAAAAGACAAAGCAAGAAUGCCAAGAUGUGAAAAGAAAACUGGAGAAAUGCUGUAGGCAUCUUCAACAUUUAGAAAGGAAGCACAAAGCUAUAGUGGAAAAAAUCGGAGAAGAGAAUAGUAAAGUUGUUGAAGAGUUAAUAGAAGAAAACAAUGACAUGAAGAAUAAAUUGGAAGAACUGAAAACACUUACCAAAACACCACCAAGGUCAUUGUCAGAAGGGGCUGUUGAAAAUGCUUGCAUAUUCUGCAAUGGGAAGGCCUUGGAAGAACUUCGUGGGCAGUACAUUAAAGCUGUGAAGAAGAUUAAGUGUGAUAUGCUCCGUUAUAUCCAGGAGAGUAAGGAGAGAGCUGCCGAAAUGGUGAAAACAGAGGUAUUACGAGAACGUCAAGAAACCGCCCGAAAGAUGCGCAAAUAUUAUCUGAUUUGCCUCCAACAGAUUUUGCAGGAUAAUGGAAAGCAGGAAGGGGCUGAUAAAAAGAUUAUGAAUGCUGCUAGCAAACUUGCUACAAUGGCAAAAUUACUGGAAACACCUGUUUCUAAAAGAACCCAGAGCAAAACUACACGGUCCGAACUGCCUCUGACAUCAGAGAUGCUGCUUGGAUUUGAAAAAUUGAAAAGGAAAGAUGUGAAUCAAAAUGUAUCCAGCUACAUUGAAAGUAAAUCAAAUGGUAUAAAAACGAUCCCCAGAAGCUUGUGUGAGCAAGUUCCUAAGAAGAAGGCUGCUUGUAACUUACAAAGGCGGUUAGAAGAUUCUGAACAUGGGGACAGAAAGCUUGUGGCCUCCAAAGGAUCACACUCAGACUUUCAGUUUGGGGAUAGUGGCUGCAGUAAGUUAGAUGGUGUGCCAGGGAGUGUUUCUCCUGAGUUUGUUCCUUGCGAAGGUGAAAGAGGCUUUGGUUUGCACGUGAAGAAAGAUCUGCUCUGCGAUACUGGCUCUGAAUCACUUCUGCAUUCGACUGGAUACCCCUUUAUUGGGACUUUCGGAAAUAAACCCUCACCUAGAUGUACCCCAAGUCUUUCUGAAUCAGGAUCCACUUACACCUUUCAAGGUCCCAAUGAAAGACCUGGCUUAAAGGUAUAUAAAUGCAGUCCAGUGAUGGAAAGUGAAAAUGCCACAUCUGAGAAAAGUCAAGGUUUGGGUGUUCAGGAAACUCCAGUUAAGGAUGGAGGAGACCUUACUAUCUCUCUAGGUUGGAGUUCCAACAGCACAACCUUGCCCUGUAACAGUCAUGAUGUGUCCUUUCUACAUAGUGGACCACAAGGAACUCUGGGCACACUAACUGAAUCUCUUCAAUCCAGACAGUUCUCUACAACUAGUUGCCUUUCAGAUACAGACAAAAAUAAUAUGAUUUAUAAACCCAUGAACUGCCAAAGUGAUCAUGGUUCAGACCUGUCAGGAGGAACCAUGUAUUCCCAGCCAGGGAAGAUUACUCUGACUCUUGGACACCCAGCUCUUCACACAGCUGACCUAUUAAAGGCAGAUUUUAAAAAACUCAGCAGUAUAAUACCAUCUUCAGUGCAUAGGCAGCCUUCAAGUGAACCAAUCCCUCCACUAGUCAACCAACAAGAUAGCGGGUUUGACAGCCCAUUUGUCAAUCUAGACUAA